AUGUGUAAGAGCAUCUCCAGAGCUAGACCCAAACCGGGGGAAAGGCCCCCCCGGCGAGCCCAAGCGCCCUCCAGCGCGAGAAAAGAAGCCCGGGCAAAAGUCGGGUCCCACCAGCCCAGGCAGGCCCAAGGGCAAGUUCCGCAUGGGCUUCAGUCCGAGGGCUGUGACGUCAACGCUGACAUCAUAGCACGAUAA